CCGGGCUGGGCUACACACACCGGGCUGGGCUACACACACCGGGCUGGGCUACACACACCGGACUGGGCUACACACGCCGGGCUGGGGAGAAAAAAAUACACCACCAUCCCCCGACAUCACACACGCAUCGUUAAUUUUGCCAAGACCUAGCGACGCUAAACCAACCCCAGUAUCGAAACCGACUUCCUUUCGCCACUCAACAUCACGAUGUCGAGCCCGGCUCAGGAACAAGACCCAGCGAUAGCCGACAAGCGGGCUAGACAGCUGGCGGAGGAGGCAGACAGUGCCUCGCAGAUGAGAGACUUACUUCUCCCUCCCCAGGGAGGAGACAAGCCCCUCAGCAGCGCACAGAAGAGAGCAGAGGAAAUGAAGAGGGUGGGUAACGAGGAUGAUAUUUUUGGGGCGGGUACCCGUGAGGGGACCCCGCUCAGAGAGCGACUUCAGGCAGCGAAGGACAGGGAGACGCAGGAAGAAAAUUUAGUAGGCAUGGAGCUGACCCUGAGAGGGAUGCCGGGCGGAGACACUGGCAAGAGCGGAAACCGGAUGGGCACUCCCACCCACGGCCCCACCCCCGCGCCGGCCACACCUACCAGAACCCGAAAGAGAGUAGCAGUCGGCACUCCGCAGCCGAAGCACACGUCGGCCCGACCGGUGCGAGCCCUCCGGCCGACGAUCAGUGACCAGCAAGCGGCCACAAUGGAGAUGCUGUCAGCCAUUUUGGCUCGCAUCCAAGUGAUGGAGGACGACCUUGGAAGGAAGACUGCCUAUUUAGCGGAGGUGCUGAACAACCAAGAGGAAAAAUGGACGAAGCUGGGCGAGGUGCUGGCGAAACUGACCGAGACAAUGGAAGCAACCCAGCUGACUUUGGAGUCCCUGGACCGCUACGAGAGCACCUCCUGA